AUGAAGUAUAAUAUCCUUUCCGCAACGGUAUCCGCUGGCGUCAGCAUCGCCGUUGCGAGGGACAUCUAUGUAGCUAGUUACGCUGGACUUGUGUACCGUCUGACCUUCACUAGCAACGUCGAUGGGAGCCAUUCGUUACGGGAGGUCGGGUCGACGUUGGAAUGUGGUCGUAAUCCGGGAUGGUUGGAACUUGAUCCAGUAACAGGCACGCUAUUCUGCGCAAAUGAAGCUUAUACGACCACCAACGCUGGCUCGGUGGCGUCAUUCUCUAAAGAGUCUCUUUUAAUACUAGGCAACAUCACCACCGAUUAUGGGCCAGUACAGUCGACAUUUUAUGCUCCUAAUCGCUUGGGGUUGGCUCACUACUCGGGAGGUGCGGUCUCCGUCGAUAAGCCGUAUCCCCACGGCAUCGUCGCCGACCCCACCGGAAAAUUCGUGGUGGUGCUCGACCGCGGUGCAGAUGCCCUGCGGACAUACGCGGUAGGAUGGGAUGACCGGCUAGUUGAACUAGGCGCGCACUACAUCGAGCCUGGGAACGGGCCACGCCACGGCGUCUUUGUCAAAAGCAAUAGUAGCAAGACGUUCUUCUACGUGCUCGGUGAGCUUACCAAUUCGCUGCACGGGUUCGAAGUAGUGUACGGGAAAGACGGGACCCUGGGUUUCAAGCAGUUCUACAAGGACAGCGCGUACCAGACUGGGUUUGGCGAUGCCGCGGGGGUUGCGAUACCGGCGGAGAUUGCGGCGGCGGAAAACGGUAGGCAUAUCGUGCUUUCUACGCGCGAUGAAGGGCGAAGCGUGUACCGUGGCGAGCGUAGUGACAGUAUCGCUUCGUAUAGCGUUGAUCUUGAUACCGGCGAUCUUGCGCUUGUGGGGCUUACGGCGUCGGGAGGUCUGUGGCCGCGGUCAUUUGCUAUUAGCAAGGACGGGACGCUAUUUGCGGCUGCGAAUCAAUAUAGCGUUCCGGGCCGGCUAGUUGUGUUCUCGAGGGAUUCCGGGACGGGUGUUAUAGAUGAUCAGUGGCCCCUGGUGACUUGGACCACGGAAGAUACGUUACCUGACGGCCAGGGCAUAUCGCAUAUUAUAUGGGAUGAGUGA